AUGCAUGUCCCAUCUAUUCGUCAGUCUGCCACGGUUGGCAUCGCUUUUUGUGCCAUUGUCGCUGUUGCUGCUCCUGUGGCGGCGCCGGUUGAUCUUGGUGCUGAUGCAGUGGACAUUGUCAAGGCCGUCAUUACCUUUGUCCCCCUAUCUAUGCACGUUGAUAAACCCUCUGCUGGUCUAACUGCUGAUGGUCACGCCUCCACACAGCCUAACAAUGUAGACAACAUAUCACCCUUCAAUGACGCCAUCGUCAAGCGCGAUGAGCUGGAGAAGCGCCGAGACCGAAAUAACAAAUGCAGACGCGACAAGAAUGGAGGCAAAAAAGGCUGCAACUACGACGACGACUACGAAAACUACCGAAGCAAAGGCGGGGGCCGUCACGGAGGCGGUCGUGGUGGAGGGAACGACGGCCAUGUCCAGGACCAACCGAACGAUGCAGACCACGACGACAACGAUCUCAACAAGCGCGACGACGGCGGUGACGGGGACAACAAGAACAAUGGCGCUUGGGACGAUAUGCUCAACAAGGGCGGGUACGGCGGAGGACACGGCGGCAAGGGAGGCGGCGGCGGAGGAGGCGGCGGUUGGGGAGGCGGUGGUUGGGGAGGCGGCGGCGGCGGGGGGGGAGGUUGUAAGGGUGGGAAGAAGUGCGGAGGAGGCUGGGGAGACGGUUGGAACGACGACCGGAAGGGCGGCCGAAAGGGCGGGAAGAAAGGUCCCUGGCGCCGCGACGAGGACCCCGAGAACGUCGACGACUAG